AUGCUCCGCACUAUUUCCGUCUCCCCAUCUCCAGUAUCCAAGAUUCCGUCCGAAUCACGCAACGACCAAAACACAAUGAACGGCAACAAUACUCCUUUAAACAUAGCCAUUAUAGGUGCAGGCAUUGUGGGUGCCCACGUUGCAAUUGGUCUUUUACAAAGAAACAUCCAGGUCACCGUCUACGAGCAAUCGAGCCAAGUCAAAGAGAUCGGCGCCGGUAUUGCAUUUCCCACACCCAUUGUGGAUUGCAUGACGGCUUUGAAUCCCACCAUAACAGAACGAUUACAGAAAGUCUCUGGAGUUUUUGAGAACCUCAACGCCAUCAACGGCUGUAGUGAUGAGGAUUUGAGACUUCGCCCGGCAGACAAGCUAUUUGACGUGGUGGUUAAACCAUUCUCAUACCACAGCACUCAUCGAGCCCAGUUGCUCGAUGGUCUGCUUGCGCUUAUACCACCAGAGCAUAUAAAACUAGGAAAACGGUUGGAAGCAAUUACACACAAAGAUAAUGAUAAAGGGCCUCUUCUGCUUCAGUUUUCUGAUGGUACUGCAGCCGAAGCCGACGCAGUCAUAGCAUGCGAUGGCAUCAAGUCACAAGUUCGGCGCAUUGUCCUUGGCAACGAUGACCCGGCAGCUUUCCCUCACUACACUUAUACAAGUGCCUACCGCGGAUUAGUACCCAUGGAAAAGGCAGAGGCGGCUCUUGGAAGGCUCUCCAAAGAAUCUGCCACGUAUCUAGGCCGAGGAGCAUCCUUGUUUACGUAUCCCAUCGUGAGCAAGAACACUCUGAAUGUGGCCGCUUUUGUACACGAUGAAAGCGAAUGGCCCGAUUCCAAACAUUUAACUAUUCCGGGGAAGAAGGAAGAUGUAGUGGCAGCCUUCUCGCACUUCGGCCCUUCGGUGAGAGAUCUUGUAGCAGCCCUGCCAGAAGAGCUUAACCGCUGGGCCAUUUUCGACACCUUUGACCAUCCCCUCUCGACUUUCGCCUAUGGACGCAUCGUUCUCGCAGGAGAUGCUGCUCAUGCGUCUACGCCCCAUCAUGGCGCCGGCGCCGGGAUGGGCAUCGAAGACGCACUGGUCUUGGCAACGCUUCUAAAGAAAGUUGCGGAUACUCAAGGUCUGCAUGAACGCUCGGGUGCCAAAAACAGAGCACUCGAGGCUGCGUUCAAGGCAUACGAUUCUGUCCGGCGAGAGAGGGGGCAAUGGGUUGUUUCCAGCAGCCGCUUUGCCGGCAAAUCGGCGCAGGGGCGCAAUCCUGGUAUUGGAAGCGACCCUGCUCUGUGGGCAAAAGAUAUUUCAGAAAGGAUAAACAAGGUCUUUUCAUACGAUUGGAAAAGCUUGCUUGUUCAGGCUAUAGAUGAGUAUGAACGUCAAUUGGGAGUUAAAGCUAUGUAG